AUGCAUUUGGCAUCAACGCCAGCAUGGAGUUUUGCCCAGAAAUAUACAAACAAGCUAGAGUCCCAAGCACCUGGACCAGGAUCGUAUUCGCCAAAAGGAGGGCGUCAUGAACAAUCUCCUCAAUAUCGAAUUGGAACAAGUAUAGAAGUUUCCUAUGUUUGGCGCUGUAAGGCCGAUAAAUUCUGAUCGGAAUUUAUCGGUUGGCUGCACCAAAUCAAUGCCUUGGUCGGACCAAAAAGCGAUUUGGUCCGACGAACUUGGAAAGCUCCUGGGAAAAUGUCUGCGCUUUCAGCGCUAUAUAGAGGAAACCUCUAUAAAAGGCACGAUUUUACAAAAGGCUCCGCAAAUUCUCCAGGCCCAGGAGCUUAUGACCCUGACAAAAAGGAACAUUCUCCAGCUCCUAAGAUGGGAAACAGCAAAAGAGAUCCCUUAAGUGAUACCUUAGCUAAUCCAGGUCCUGGAACAUACCAGAUUCCUUCAAAAAUCCAAGAAGGGCCUCAGUACAGCAUCCAGCGCAAGUAUUCUUCCAACACCUCCCAAGUUGUGAGAAUGGCUUUUUGUUAAAUAAUGAGAGAGAUUAAAUAUUAAAUAUAUAAAUAUUGAAAGGGAUAAUCUAAUUAAUUUAUAAAAUUUAGGGUGUUAGGGCAUAAGCUGUCUAAAGUUAGCUCAUCAUAACUAUAAUGCCAAAUUAUUAUUUGUAUUACUUCCAGGGGAUUUGAUUUCCGAAUAAAUAGGAAAUUUUCUAAGAUUUUGCUUACUAAUCAAGUGGGGAGUAAAGGCUUUGGAGACUCUCCAGGCCCAGGACAAUAUGAGCAAGGACUUAAUGAUUUCACAGCCAAAGAAAGGCCUACAAGUGCUAGGAUCGGUACUGCUCGAAGGGAUGAUCUAACAGACAAGCAUGCAGCUGCCUAUCCAGGUCCUGGUACAUAUGAGCAUAGACCUCAAAGUGCAGGUCCCAAAUGAGCAUUUGGCAAUGAAGCAAGAUCUAAAUUUAAUAAAUCAGAUGAGCCUGGUCCUGGGACUUAUGAAAUGGGAGGAACUUUAAAUGUGAAAGGAUGGAGUAUUAGUGGGAAAUACCCAGAUGGAGUAGGAACUGACAAACUCAAUGCUCCUGGCCCUGGGGCUUAUGAUCCUGAAAUUAAUUCAAAAUUGCCUUCAUAUUCUAUUGGCAGGUCUGGAAGAAGUGAUUUUACAAAAAAUGGGGAAUGGCAGCCAGGACCUGGAGCUUAUGACCAAUCUUUAAGACCAAGCUCAUCAGGUCCAAAGCUGGGAACUGGGAAAAGGCCACCUUUAUCAGAAGCUGAAAACACACCUGGUCCUGGAGCUUAUAAUUAUAAAAGCACAAAUGAGAGUCCUCAAUACUCAAUGCCUGGAAGGACAGGUAAAGAAGGAAGGCCACUAACUCCAGGUCCUGGACAUUACAACCCAGCUGGCUCCAUUACUGAAAGAGGAUCACCUUCAUAUAGAAUUGGCAGUGCCAGGCGAGAUGAUGACAAGCCUGAUAGUGUCCGAAAUAGAUAUCCAGGACCUGGUAUAGAAAUUUCCCAUAGAUGGCGCUGUUUACCCUUGAUUUGCCCACUGGAGAAAUUUUUUGGUUCGACCAGUCCCAUAUGGUUUGGUCAAAUCAAAAAAUUUUUCUCAUGGGCAAAUCAAGGGCAAACAGCGCCAUCUAUGGGAAAUUUCUAUAGCUACUCAAGCAGACCUCAAAGUGCAGGGCCAAAAUGGGGAUUUGGGACUGAAAAAAGAGACAAAAUAAAUGGAAAUAAUAGUGUAGGACCUGGCCAAUAUGAAAUGAGAAGCAGUUUAGACCAAAAAGCAUGGAGUAUGUCAGGCAGACAUCCAAAUCUAGAUGAAAAAAAUGGAGAAUACCCAGGACCUGGAGCUUAUAACCCUAAAGGAAGCUAUGGAUCACCUAACUAUGGUUUUGGCACAAGCAAAAGACCUCAGUCAGCAGGUGCUCACUCUCCAGGCCCUGGAGCUUAUAAUGUUAGAAAAGACUUCAACAAAACAGCGCCUCUAUUUGGGACAGGAAAGAGACCACCAUUAUCAACAAUCACAGACACACCAGGACCAGGAGGUUAUAAUCUUAAUAGUGCCAGAAGUGGCCCAGCCUACUCUAUGAGCGCAAGAACAUUAAAUGAUAAGAAUUAUGUGACACCAGGGCCAGGAGCGUAUAACCCAAGCUUAUAUUCAGGAAAUCCCAGCUGAAGUGUAGGAAGAGAAAAAAGAAACGAAAUUCAUAGCUUGUCUAAGUCUCAAAGCGCAGUUGGACCAGGAUUUUAUGAUAUAAGAGGACAACUAGGCGGUCCUAAGUGGGGAUUUGGAACGUCUUCAAGAUCGUCUAAAGUAAGGUCAGACUCCCCUGGACCUGGAAACUAUGAAAUUCGAUCAUCCAUUUCAAAUUUGCCGAGCUACGCAAGAGUAGGCCGUUAG